UCAGGUGUCCGGAGACUUCCACUCAGGAGAAUAUGUGAGGCUGGUCUACACUGAUCGGAUGAGGACAUUGGCAGACAAGGCAAAGGUGUCCCAGGUGUACAGGACCCACUUCUCUCGCCUGAACAUGAAGGGUGUGUAUGCUGGUUCCCGCUACGUGGGUGUUGGUGUAGGACACGUCCAGAUAGGCCAUGCCUUCCUGACGAGGUCAGCAUGUGACCCCAGGUCCAGCAGACAGGUGGCGCUACAGGUGUUGCACCAUCACCUUGAGCCGCUAGAGUCCAUCGCCAAGUGUGUCGAGAUGAACUGGAUGGCUAUUCUGGUUGGCCCCCAGUCAUGUGGGAAGUCCAGCAUGGUGCGUCUGCUGUCGGAGCUGACCGGCACCACUCUCCAUGUCCUACCUAUGAACAGUGCCAUGGACACCACUGAACUACUAGGAGGAUUUGAACAGGCGGAUAUAUUUCGCUAUGUGGAAGAAGUCGGAACUGAGGUCAAGAGGUUUGUGAAACAUAUACAGAGGAGCUGUUGUGUCAACAGGCGACCCUGA